AUCAAUAGAGGAAGACACAAAUACGACUGAGUUGAAUCAGAUCCCUCGACAGGACAUUGAUGCAGCAAUGGUUCAAGCUGUCUGCCUUAUGGGACUGGUUGGGAUAUUGGUGACGCAAAAGAAACCAAACCUGAAAUCAAUGAAGACAGCACUGUCAAAGGCAUGGAAACUGAAUUAGAAUUUUCAGGUAACAGAAGUGAGUGAACAACUUUUCAGAUUUCAAUUCUUAAAAAGAAAAGAUCGAGACAAGGUUCUUUUGGAGGAUCGUGGAAUUAUGAGAAUAGUUUACUCAUCUUCACGCAAGCAGAUGCUUUCCAGAACCGAAAACCAGAGGAAUUCUUUACGAUGGAGAUAUGGAUGCAAAUCUAUAACCUGCCAGCUACGCUAAGAACAAUUGAGAUUAUACACAAAAUCAUAGCUCGAUUUGGACCGAUGAUAUGGGUUGAUAGAAGAAGGGACAAUAGAUGGGAUGAUGUGCUAAUAAUAAAGGUGGGGAAGGACAUAAGAAAUCCCUGCAGUAGGAACUGAAACUCAAUCUAAAAGGGAAGGUGCAUAGCUAUGAAGUCAAGUAUGAAAAACUUUCAAUUGAUUGCUUCUCAUGUGGAUUAGUGGGCCACCCCAAGCUACAUUGUCCCCAACCAGAUGCUUUCCAGAACCGAAAACCAGAGGAAUUCUUUACGAUGGAGAUAUGGAUGCAAAUCUAUAACCUGCCAGCUACGCUAAGAACAAUUGAGAUUAUACACAAAAUCAUAGCUCGAUUUGGACCGAUGAUAUGGGUUGAUAGAAGAAGGGACAAUAGAUGGGAUGAUGUGCUAAUAAUAAAGGUGGGGAAGGACAUAAGAAAUCCCUGCAGUAGGAACUGAAACUCAAUCUAAAAGGGAAGGUGCAUAGCUAUGAAGUCAAGUAUGAAAAACUUUCAAUUGAUUGCUUCUCAUGUGGAUUAGUGGGCCACCCCAAGCUACAUUGUCCCCAACCAUCACCAGAUGGCAAGGAUUUGGUAAGUCCUGAACUACCGGUUGGUUUAGCUAAGGAUAGAUUAUGGGAAAGCAAGCUGGAAAGAGAAGAAUUAGAGGACAUAUUGCAUGUUUAGGUUUAAGAGCUAAAUUUGACAGGGAGGCGAUGACAACAAAGAGAGAAAUAGAAGAUGUUGAAUACAGAGAAAGAAUAUCAAAAAGGAAGCAUUGACGAAUUACUGAGAGAAGAAUUGAUACAGAAGGCCAUCACAGAAAAUGCUAAAGAACAACAUCAUAAAUUAAUCCCCAAGGGACACAAAAAAGAACCAUGGAAAGGCUCAGGAGAGGUAAUAUGAAGUAACUUAAAGGUGUAUCUCCUAACAAAAAAUCGGAUGGCGGUGAGGCGAACUUUGCUCAGCAAGGCCGUCCAGUCCAAUGAGUUUAAUUAGCUAUAACUGUUGUGGGCUGGGGAGAACCACAACAGUUAGCAGAGUUGCUAAGCGACUCGAAGAAAUAGACCCCAACAUAGUCUUUCUCAUGAAGACUAAGAGAAAAAGAGCAUGAAUGGGAACAAACUAUGAUGAAUUUGGGAUGGACAAAAGGAAGAGGUGUGUGAUCAACCAGAAGAGCUAGAGGGCUACUAUUGAUGUGGAAAGAAGAACUGAAGGUACAGGUACGAAAGCGGAACCAAACUGUAUUGAUGUGAUUGUUGAAGGGGAAGCGGGUGACACGGACUAGAGGCUUACAAGUAUGUAUGGAUGGCAUGAACAGGAGAACAAAAAUAACUUGGGAAUUAAUGAGAAGAUUAAGCUCCCACCAAUCCGUGCCUUGGGUUAUUUGUGCUGAAUUCAAACAAGUGUUGGGAUAUGAGGAAAAAAUGGUUCAAGACCACCUGACAUACAGAAAUAUGGAGGCAUUCCGUGAAGCCAUGAAUAUUUGUGGGAUGCAAGAUCAAAAUAUCAUGGUAAUAAUGUCUUUACUUGGGACAAUGGAAGAGAGGAUGAAAGCUUAUUGAGGAACGUUUGGACAAAAUGAUGGCAUAUGGAGACUGGAAGGCCAUAUUUCCUUUCGCAAAAGUAAACCACCUGGAUAGGUGGGUAUUUGAUCACCUUCCUAUUCAGUCGGAACUCAACCUAGAAGAAAAGAAUGUGAGAUGACACUAGCAUUUCAGAUUUGAGUCGUAAGGGCAGAAACAUGUAGAUUCUAGUCUGCUUAUACAAGAGGAAUGGACUAAACGGAUACAUAGCUUAGUAGAGGAAAGAAUAAAAGGGUUGUGAAAAAUCCCAUCUAAAGUGAGGCCAAGGUUGCGGACUAUGUUGACGAAGAAGGGAGCUGGCUCAUCAAUAAGUUCAACUCCCUCCUCUCGCCUGAAGUGCAGCAAUGCAUCACAGCUAUUGCAGUGGACCCCCUAGCUACCGAAGAAGACGCUCUGUUUUGGCAACCAUCUUCGGACGGGCGUUUCACUGUCAUGAGCGCCUACCGUCUGAUUAAUCAGACAACAGCAACACCUUCUCAUAAGGUCUGGAAGACGAUUUGGAAGCUGCCCAUCCCGGAACGUAUUCGAUGCUUUGCUUGCCUCGUGAUGCUGGGAAGAAUAAGCACCAACUCUCUAUGCCAUCAUCGACAAAUCACUGAGUCGGCAGACUGCUAAAAAUGCCCAAAUCAACCAGAGACUCUAUCACAUAUCUUUAGAGAUUGCCCGGCAGCAGCUUUCUUCUGGAGUAGAACAGUGAAGACGGAAGAUCAACUCACAUUCUUUAGCUCCCCAACUGUUGAUUGGUUGAAGACAAACCUCUCCGACGAGGAAUCCAUGAGUAUGGGAAUGCCCUGGAACGACUUCUUCGCCAUUGCCCUUUGGCUGAUUUGGAAGAACAGGAACGAGGGUUGCUUCCAAGGGGUCUCCAAGACCCUUCCCCCCCCCCCCCCCCCCUCACCCAAGAGAUCAAGAUUAAGGCUAAGAUGUGGUUCGAGGCUUGGAGCUCGCCGCAUUUCGAGAUCGGCAAUAUUAACAACGUGUAGCAACGAGUCACGCCAGAGAUAGGGUGGUCUCUGCCGCCCCCAGGCUGGGUCAAAUUAAAUAUCUAUGGGGCGCCAGCAGGUAACCCAGGGAAGGAUGGCGCGGGAGGGGUGCUCCGCGACGAUGACGGUCGGUGGGUUAGUGGUUUCGUAUCUAGCUUGGGCACUUGCACAGCAGCGGCAAUGGAGUUUGGGGUUUGUAUCAUGGUCUCCAAGUUGCCUGGAGAAGUGGUCACAGAACUAUCUUGGUGGAAACAGAUUAACGUCUCGCUUUGGACCUGGUGAACAACAGAUCAGACUCCCUCCAUCGCUACUCGACCCUUCUAGCUGUUAUUAGAAGAUUGAUUGCUCAGGAUUGGGUGGUAAGGCUAGCACAUACAUACCGAGAAGGGAAUAGAGUUGCGGACUGACUCUCGAAGCACGUCUCGUCUAUCCCUACGGUAUGUACGAGCUGCCCUCACCGCCCAAGGGAACAACCUCGCUUAUUUUGGAUGAUGCUAGAGGAGUAACUUCCACUAGGCGUAUCAUUCCCUCUGCCCCGCUCACCUCUACCUCCCUGUAAUUUUUAUUCUUCUUUGGCCUUUGUGCCUCCCUGUCAAGCAAAAAAAAAAACGUAUGUCGGUAGUUUCAGCGUCUGGAUUCAGUUUAGUGGCUUGGUCGGUGCUUGGUGAUCAUUAUCCUGUAAUUUCACUUAUAAAUAAACUUUUCAGAUUAUUUCCCGCUCAACUCUGUUGUCCCUUUCUUUCCUUUUUCACUAGCUAGUAGAAUAUGUUGCCUAGUUUUCAAGUGCUAAUGAUUCUCGUCCUGAUUGUUGCAUUUAAGAUUGAGAGUGCAAUAAGAGGUUGCUAAACCACACCACAGGAGAUUCUGAAUUUUGUUACAUUGAAUGACACCAUGAAGACCCAAUUAUUCUCGACAUGAUAUCAGAAAACACCGUGAAGAAUUUGAUCGCCGGCUCCCUCCCUGUCGUUGAUUUUGUAGAUAAUAAUAAUAGGAUAUUUGAAUUCCAACAAACACAAAAUUGCAGAAUGCAAUCUAACAGUGCAAACUAGAAAAACGUAAUGUAAGAAGAACCAUUUUUGAAACUCAAAUAGUGGCUAAGAUUUUGUGCUUCAGAUCCACUUUCUCAUUUAAAUCCAAGGUUGUUCUCUUACAUGAUAUCAAAAUGAAGAGACAUUAGACUUUUAAAGGCUCAAACUCAAACCCUAGUUUGAUCUGCUACCUCCAAAACUUAGAAGACAAAAACAUUAAACUAAACCAAGUACAAGGGUGACUUUCAGUGUUCCACAAAGCAAAAACAGGAAGAGGCAUUGGCAAAGAUGCCCUUCAAUGUGGUCCCACUUCUUCCUUGGCUUCACUCCAAAGCUAAGAGAUGUCCGAAGCACCUUCCAGCUGGAUCAGUCUUCAUCUACAUCUUGUUCCAGCUAGCUUCCUCUGUUUUCCCUAUUCCUUCAGCACCAAACUUCAUUUCUUGUGCUGCAAGACACAUGUAGCUUGAGAGGAAACCAAAAGAUGAUGAGUUGCAACACUCAUCCUUGCCUAUGCAACUGACCAUCCCAAUAAUGUUCUUCAUUUCUUCAAACCUUGGUUUGCUCAGUGACUUGGUAAAAAUGUCAGCAAACUGAUCUUGUGUUGAGUAGUAUUUCAUAGCAAUCAAUCCUUCUGAUUCAGCCUCUCUAAGCACAUGAUACUUGAUCUUGAUGUGCUUAGUUCUCCAUAGAAAACUGGAUUUUCAGCCAUAGCCACAACAGAUUGAUUAUCACCCCAAAUGGCAGUUAGUUUAGUUUGCUCAAAACCCAAAUCUGUCAUGAUUUUUCUCAACCAAACAACAUGGUUGACAGCUUUUGAACCAGCAAUGUACUCAGCUUCAGUAGUUAGCCGAGCUACAAUGCUUUGUUUCUUACAGCAAAAGACUGUUGAUCCAGUGAAAAGGCAAAAUCAGAGGUUCUUUUCAUGUCUUCAGAAGAUACUGCCCUAUCACUGUCACAAACACCUUUCAAACACACUUCUUUACCACCUUCAAACUUUAAUCCGAGAUCAGUGGUACCUUUGAAGGCUUUACGGGUGACUUAAAGGAAUUCCACUCUACUAAAACACUCAUAUAUGAUAAUCGGAUUUUGUGUAACUAGGAAAAUGGUGCUGAUGAACAUAUCCAAACCGCUAAUCUAAAUUUAGACUAAAACUUCUAGCCCUAAUCAUUUUUAUCUGAAAAAAAAAGACAUUAAAACCU